AUGAGAGGCAUGAGUCUCUACAAUGUAUCGAUGAUCCGACUUUUUGGGGCACCUAAUGGUCUUUGUUCCUCCAUAACGGAGUCUAAGCACAUAAAAGCAGUAAAAGAACCCUGGCGCUGCUCUAGCAGGUUCAAGGCACUGGGUCAAAUGUUGCUAACGAACCAGCACCUUGACAAAGUUGCAGCUGCCCAUGCAGAUUUUGAGGCAUGCGGCAUGCUUUGUGGUUCUUGCCUCUCAGAAGCUUUGCGAGAACUUCAAAGAUGUCAUAAUAAUGAUGAAGAUAGUGAGUCGGAUGAUGAUGCAAUGGCUGGCACAACACUUGCAGGUCUCCCUGGGCGCCUGCAAGUUCAUGAACCUCAAAAUCAAUCUGUCGAGGGAGAUGCUGGUGAAGUUCUUGAUGGACCAACUGCGGAAUCUCACAUUGAACUUGGAGUGACACCCCAAUGUGUCCUGAACAUCGAGACACUAGGCCUUCAACUCGACCUUCCACAUUUCCCUGGUAUGAUUCAAGAAUUCCUCCACGACCAGCUCCAUUCGACGAACCCCGACCCUCCCCAUUUUGAUCCUAUGACAGCCCCAAUAUUCUUAGAGAAAGUGACACUUUUUAAUUCUGCCACUGCAACAUUCUAUGUGCCUAGUGAUCUGAGUGGCACUGGAGGCAUGUGCCAUGAGUAUAUCCGGUCAACACCAUCAUGGCGGGGAGGCCCUGCUAGGCAUGAUUGCGUCUUCAUUAACAUGGAUGCUGAUACAGACUCUCCCAUGGGCGGACUUUCAGUUGCGCGGGUGUUGUGCCUUUUCUCAUUCCAAUACCGGACAUCAUACUUUCCUUGUGCCGUUGUCCACUGGUACUCUCACAUACUCGAAAGCCGUGAUCCUGACACGGGUAUGUAUAUUGUCACACCUGGAACAACUGACAAUGGCACUCCAGACAUAUCAAUUGUUCAUAUUGAUUGUGUUUUUUGCGCUGCCCACCUCAUUCCGGUAUACAGCACAAAUUUUAUUGCUUGUACAAUUAGUCCGCACGACUCAUAUGAUACCUUCGACUCAUUUUAUGUUAACAAAUAUGUAGAUCAUCAUGCUUUCGAGAUAGCGUGA